AUGGGCCUGAUCUGGCUGCUGCUGCUCAACCUGCUGGAGGCCGGCUGGCCGGCCGCGGGCCCCGGGGCGCGACUGCGGCGCGAUGCGGGCGGCCGCGGCGGCGUCUACGAGCACCUCGGCGGGGCGCCCCGGCGCCGCAAGCUCUACUGCGCCACCAAGUACCACCUCCAGCUGCACCCGAGCGGCCGCGUCAACGGCAGCCUGGAAAACAGCGCCUACAGUAUCCUGGAGAUCACGGCGGUGGAGGUGGGCAUCGUGGCCAUCAGGGGGCUCUUCUCUGGACGGUACCUGGCCAUGAACAAGAGAGGACGGCUGUACGCUUCGGAGAGCUACAGCGCCGAGUGUCAGUUCGUGGAGCGGAUCCACGAGCUGGGCUAUAACACCUACGCCUCGCGGCUGUACCGCACGGCGCCCAGCGGGCCGGGGGCCCAGCGCCAGCCCAGCGCCGAGAGACUGUGGUACGUGUCCGUCAACGGCAAGGGCCGGCCUCGCAGGGGCUUCAAGACACGCCGCACGCAGAAGUCCUCUCUGUUCCUGCCCCGCGUGCUGGACCACAAGGACCACGAGUUGGUGCGUCUGCUCCAGAGCGGGGCCGGGCUCCGCGGCGGCCCGCCCAGGCCCCCCGGCAAGGGCCCCCAGCCCCGGCGGCGGAGGCAGAGGAAGAGGAGCCGGGGGGGCCGGGCGUAGCCCCCCCAGCCACCCCGGACCCGGCCGAGGAAGGCCGUCCACGUUCUGGGCCCAGGCCGGCUCCGAGCCCCCGGCCGCCCCGGCCCAGCAGGUGCGGGCCGGCCGGUGCCCGAGUGCCCACCGUCACAGCCGAUCACCGCGGCGCAGCAGGUCUCCGGGACGCUCCCCGCUGCCCCCGUCCCUCUCCUGCUCUGCCCGGCUGCUGUGUGCCUCCCGGCCCUCUGCGAUUCUCUGCAGCGGGGUCGGAUCGGAAGGGAGCGCUGGCCGAGGGGGGCCGGGCAGGGAGGGCCGCU